UGCACAACGAUGGUCCAAGUCCGUAGUCCCAAAUUGUCCCAAAGCAUGAUUAAUUAACUGAUACGUGACAUUAAAAUUCAUUAUUAAUUCAAACUUCCUUCUAUAGACACAAUUCUUAACUUUUCAAACAUUAAUUUUUUUUAAGACCUAGAAUAGUCUGUCUGGUGCUAACGCGUUUUUUACAUUUGAAUUCAAAUGUAUUAUUUGCGUGGGUCGUAGAAUAGUGGUUUAAACUAAAGAAGGUCUUCAUUCAGCAGUCAUUAAGUUUAUUUAUUUUACAUAUAAAAAUUAAGCAAACUUUAUUACACCUAAACAUCUUUGCAGAUAUUCAGAAUACAUAUUUUUUUUCAUCCUAGUGACUUUACUAGAAAAACUUAAAAAUAUUAUAUUUAACCUAUUUCACUGUAGAAUAAAAAUGUAAUUGCUUUGUUCUAUUAACAACUCCUAUUCUGGGUAACCGCCGUGGCUUAGAUAUCUCAUUUGUAUUAUUCGAAGUAAUGUUUAUUUAUAGAGGGAUUGGGUGAAUCAUUGAGAGAACUCUGGAAAGGUAGACACCCGCGGCGCAGCUUACUCACAGCUUAUCCCUACAAUAAUUUACUCUGAGCUCUGAAUGAUGUAGCAAUACAUUUUAAUAUAACGGCUUUAUUUAUAUGAUAGCUUCGUUGUUUGUAUUAAAAAAAGGACAAUUUUUAUAUCAUCUUUUUAAUAUGAAUAAAUUAUAUACUUAUCUUUUUAAAAUGUUGAUACAUAUCAGGCUCAGUCCGUCAGUGGUUAAUUGGUGAUUACCUAUGUGGAUAAAAUAGGUAGUAAGUACAUGAAGUACGAACGGAAAAUUGAAGGGAAGAUCUAAUUUUGACGGCCAUACUUUCAUGACACCUAUUAUGAUAUUACUUUUCAUUUUUCAGUAGGUAUUGAACCUGCAGUACGUGGCAAUUAGUGUGCUCACCUAAACCACACGGCUAUCGGUGUCGGCGUUUAAUUGAUGUCCGACUUCGGCCAUACUUUCCAAAAUACAAAUGUAGACAUACAUCACAAAGGCAACGAUUUAGGUACGAUAGAAAUAUUUCCAUUACAUGAUAGUUUUAUUACUGUUUUUGCGCGUCUUUGCGUCUUAAAAAUCCAUUAGUCCUAAGUGUCAUAAAAUAUGUAAUGCUACAUAACAUAGGUACCUUAUCCAUAAUCCUACCUAGAACAUAAUAAUAUUUCAUUAUAAGGCUGCGUUUUUCCCAGGUAUGGCCGAAGAUGCGUAGCGAGCGAUGUGUUUGUAAAGAACCAUUAAAAUAGAUUCAUUUACCUCGCCGUAGUAAGCAAAGGUCUGAAGGAAACGGCUGAUGUAAGCUAGAUUUUCGGGUACACAAAACAGGCGAGGGAUUUGUGCGAGGAAUAUAUUGCAAGGUUUGCAUACAGCCAGCAACGCAUUCUCGCAACACAUUCGAGGCGCAUAUUAAAACAGCUCCGCUUAAAAUCCUUGUACGACUCAUUUUUCACGCACGCCUUUGGUGGCGACCCACACACAUAUUCAUAGCACAGCUAGCCAUCCUCGCUCCACACGUCAUUUCUCUCCCAGAUAUCUGUUAAUCUCUGAUGAAAACCCAACCUAAGAAAAUUGAGCCGAAUAAAAAUAGAAUGCGUCCUGAAACAAUUGCAAAGAUACAAUUCUAAGGAACGAAGUGCCUAUCCGUCUUUAUUCGCUCAUCCUUAUCUCUAAAUAAAAACAAUAGUACUGAAGGAAAGCGGUCAGUUUUCAUUCGAAUUCAGCGUCGUAACGUCUUUGUGAACUCAUGAUAACAGAUAUCAAACUGAAAUCAAUUAUAACGCUGGCACCCGUGUACGAUGAUAACGUUACUCUUGUGUUUAAUAGUUACAAUUCCUUUAAAUGGUAUUUUGGCUAUCCCUGGAUACACGAAGGUCGUCACAAAUUUACCAAAGGCAAAAAAUAUAAAUAACUAUUUAGCACCAUUGGAAAGAAUUCUACAAUUUUGUGUUAAACACAAAGUAUACAUAGACUUGAAUUUUGAAUUUGGCCUGUUUUUGGUGAAUGUGAAUUUGAAGAACAUAUUUCAAGCGAAGGCUGAAGAAUUACCUCCGCAAAUUAAAUACCGCUUGGAAGAAUUACUGAUCAAAACUGAUGUGGUAAAUAGCUAUUUCCGUUAUAUGGUUAAGAAAACUGAAGAAAACAUUGCUUAUGGACAGGAUAGGAGAAUUUCGCGAUUACUAACCAAUGAGACCUUUUGGAUGAAAUAUGUGCAAAGGUACAAUCUUAAGUUAUUCGAAAAAUCUAAAAUUUACACUAUGGAACAGUUAGAGAACAUAUAUGGAGACUGGGACGUGUACGAAAGUAAUGUCAGGAAUUACGAAAAAUAUAAACCCUCGCCGGACGACUCAGAUGCCUGCAUCGCACUCUUGGGAGAUCACCCAAUAGCUGAGGGAAGUGCUAAUGUUGAAACUAUCUGUAAAACUCCUAAAUCAUGCAGAGACGGUGCAAGUAACGGCAACGACUUUGGAUAUUUCUUAACACACAGAGUGCUAUUUUUACUGUUGGCGCAAUUUGCCCGAGGAUGCUCUAUUUUCUCCGUGAAGGAGGACAAAGAUAAGUUGGAAAAGUAUUGUGGAAUUAUAUUUAAUGAGGCUCAGUUCAUCGCUACGCAUGACUACAAGAGACCGGACCUUUUUAUGGAACAGAUCGCCAUCUGCACCCUGCUUGGGCACGCACAGUUCCUCCAAGAUGAUUGGAUGAAACCCCUUAUGGCGUUACAAACCUCUUCGGGUUGCUUCACUGAUAAUUGGCGGAUUGUGGGGGAGAACGAGUUGCCGAUGGUGGAACUUCCUGGUGACGAGUGGAUGUUAUCGAACAAUAUUGUCAUGAACAGGGCUUGUAGUGGACACACUACAGCCGUCGCCGCGGCUAUGUUGGCCUCCGCAAUAAGAUACAUCGUUGAAAAUAAUUAUAGUAGUGCUACUUAGGUUUAAUUUUGUCUUCUGUUGGUUUUAUGUAUGUAUAUGCUUGGGUGUCAGGAUAGAAAACAUCGGGUUAGGGAUUCAAUUAAACACAAAUUAAAUCCUUGCUAAACGCGCUGGAGAGAACAAACGGCGCAAUAAACUAUCCAGCCUUGCGCUGUCCAAUCAUUAUACAUUAUCUAGUAACUUUAGACAAUCUAUAUUCGCAAUAUUUACACGAUGACCGCUAAAUACGUUUAAAAAUUACUUUCUUUAAUAUUACGCAAUAAUCAAUUAGUCUCAUGAUACCUUUCUUAAUAAGUUCUAAUAUAUAGCGCUUCUAUUUUCCAACCUGCCAGUAUUGGCGCGAAUGGUAACUAUGUAGGUUUCAUGAAUAAGGUUGACUAUUUGUUUCUAAUGAGGUUUUAGUUAAGAUUUAGCAAUUUCUCUCAUGAUCGUCUUCCACAUAUAAUAUAUUCUCUUUAGUAGGUUUUAUUCACGGGAUAACUUUUAUGACAAAGGACAUGGUAUUUUUAUUUCAAUCUCAUUUGUGGACACAGAUCCAACAUGUAAUUAUAUUUCGUGUAUAUUUUGUGUAAAAUUAAGGGAUUUAUACUUUGUUUAAAGUAAAUAAUAUCCUUCGAAUCGAUUGGAAUGUUAAUUCAACUAAAACGCCGAGUUUCUUAAUAUGAAGCAUACCUACAUAAUUCGUGGUUUUUAAAAUAAUGAAACAC